ACUGCGCAAGUCCUGUGAAAGUACAACCAGGUACGCCCGACGCGCGUGGGUGGAUAGGGUGGGUAAUGUAAUGUGUUUUCAAAAAUGUAGAAAGGGUAUGUGAAGGGUGUACGUGUUACUGGUUGUAUGUAGCCGACAGUGUGAUGAUAUAGGAAUAGCGUGAAAAGUGUAUGACAGAACCGGGGGUUUUGUGCGAAACAAUCGAAGGGAACGGAUUUGAAAAGUCGUUCUGAUAUAGCCGGUGAUAAGUAAAAAUAGCGAUACAAAGAUGAACACAUUGCCGUGGAUCGCUCUUAGUGCGUGCGUCACGUACGCUUUUAAUCUGGAACCACGAAUACCUGUUAUCAAAAUGGGCCUGGAGGGCUCCUAUUUCGGCUACUCGGUGGCCGAACACAUAGAGAUCGAGAACUCGACAUCGACAAGCUGGAUGCUGGUCGGUGCUCCUUUGGAUCAAAAUCGACAACCAGGAACAAAUGAAUCAGGGGCAUUAUGGCAAUGUCCUAUGUCAACACAUUUCAAUGAUUGUAUUCAAGUUAUUACCGAUGGACGUCUGAUGGACGAUGGUCUAUUAUACAGACCAUACGAAUACGAAUUGUACGAUUCAAAUUUGGAAUCCGAUGAUUUAAUACCACCAGGGAAUGAUGAAAUAAAAGAAAAUCAAUGGUUAGGAGUGACUGUACGCAGUCAGGGAGUAGGGGGUAAAGUUAUGGUAUGCGCGCAUCGUCAUAUUGUUAGGACAGCUGAUUCGCAAUGGGGUCAGGGUCAAUGUUACAUAUUAUCUCAAGACUUGAAAUACGAUGAUUUGAAGAAGCCAUGUUCUGGGAAACCUACAAAUAAAGCCCACGAGCAGUUCGGUUAUUGUCAAGCUGGAGUUAGCGGUUUAUUAACUGCGGAAGAUCGCGUAGUGAUCGGCACCCCAGGACCGCAUACUUGGCGAGGAACCCUAUAUUUACUCACAGUGUCUGACGAGUUUCUAACUAGAGACAAUACAGUUUAUAACGCGCCAAUGCAAGAUUCCUCGCCCGUAAAUAAAUACAGCUAUCUCGGGAUGUCUGUGGCUGUUGGAAACUUUUUCGGCAAGGGUUUGGCUUAUGCGGCAGGCGCACCUCGUUCUAAUGGCACAGGCCAAGUUGUUUUGUUUACUAGACGCGAUUUCAAGCCGGACAUGGAUGUCGCUCUUAUUCUGGACGGCGAGCAAUUCGCAUCAAGUUAUGGAUAUGAAAUUACAUCGGCGGAUAUAAAUGGAGACAAAGUAACUGAUUUAAUCGUGGCAGCACCAUUUUAUUUCAAUAAAGCGGAAGGUGGAGCUGUUUACGUUUAUACAUCGCUAGAUAUAUGUAAAAGUGUCAAAGAUAAUGAGAAAUGUUUGCCUGUCAAGCUUGUCGGUCAUGAAGAAUCGAGGUUUGGAUUUGCAUUGACAAAUUUGGGUGAUUUGAAUAAGGAUGGAUAUGAAGAUAUUGCAAUUGGUGCUCCGUACGAAGGAAAGGGCGCAGUUUAUAUCUAUUUAGGUUCCAAGAAUGGUAUUAUUAAAACACCAUCGCAGAUCAUUCAUGCUGAGGAUAUGCCCACGCCAUUGAAAACAUUCGGUUACUCAUUAAGCGGAGGUAUCGAUAUGGAUCAUAAUGGUUAUUCGGAUCUUUUAAUUGGAGCAUAUGAAAACGAAGCAAUUGCGCUUCUGCGUUCAAAGAAAAUCAUCGAUAUCUCCACUUAUAUACGUUAUGCAAAGAAAGAUGGAAUAUAUCAGGAUAUGAUAGAACCUAUUGAUCCCAAUCGAAUUGGAUGCCUGGCCGACCCAGAAUCAAAUCAUACAUGUUUUACGUUCGAGGCUUGUUGCAAGACGGAAUCUCUAGUGAAAGAGGAAUCAAUGCAAAAUCUGAGAUUAAACUAUUACAUUGAAGCAGAGACCUAUACCGGGGCUAAAAAAUUCUCAAGAGUUUGGUUUGGCGCCAGUAAUAACGCGCGUCCGCAUUAUAUUAAACGAACAGUUACCCUAGAUACGACAAAAUUGGUACAUUGUCAGAAGGAAAUUGUCUAUUUGAAGGAGAACACACGUGACAUCCAAUCGCCUAUUAAAUUCCGUCUGAAUUAUUCGUUGAUACAAGAAGAUCCAGUCAUGCCUCCCGAAGGUGCUCCUUUACCUGACAUGAAGAAUUAUCCAAUACUCAAUCAACAAGAAGCCGCGCGCGUAUUCGAGGCCGUUUUUCAGAAAGACUGUGGAAAGAACGACAUUUGUGAAAGCGAUUUACAAGUGACAGCUAAACUGAAUUUAUCAGCUUCUACCAUAAAACCGGAUUUCUACGAGUUGCUUUUGGGUGAGAAAGAGGAGAUAGUGGUGGAAGUCAAUGUGGCUAAUAUCGGCGAAUCCGCAUACGAAGCUCAACUGUUUAUCGUUCACUCGCAGAGCUUGAAUUACAUUGCCAGCAAGAGCAACGAUUCCAUAAUUUGCAAUCUGUACAAUGCUACUCUUGUAUCCUGUUCCAUCGGCAAUCCAUUCAAAAAGAACAAAACGGUAGACAUACAAGUGAGAUUCGAUCCUAAAGGUCUCGAAGAUAACGAAUCGCAAUUAGAUUUCACGAUUUUCGCAAAUUCCACAUCGAAGGAAGUCAAAGAAAAGCAACCUACUAUAUUGCAAGCUACAGUGUUAAAACGCGCCGAGCUCUCAAUUAAAGGGAGUGCAAAAACUCAGUGGGCGUUUUACGGUGGCCCGGUAGUCGGUGAAUCCGCAAUAAAGCAUCUGAACGAAAUAGGACCGAAGGUAUCGCACAUUUAUGAAGUAUUUAAUGAAGGUCCAUGGAAAGUUAACAAUGUGGAAGUGCAUAUUUCCUGGCCUUACGAAGUCGCAAACGACAAACCGCAUGGCAAAUGGUUAUUAUAUAUGGAAGAGAUGCCAACUGUUCAAGCGGAUGGUGAAUGUACAUUACCAUCAGGAUAUGUGAUCAAUCCUUUAAAACUGCAAGAUAGUAUCAGUUUUGAUGAUACCGAAAGUAUUUUGCAAUCUUCAACUCGACCGACAAUCUUGUAUAAUCACACUAAUCAUAUAAGAACAACACGAGAUACGGAGAAAGUUGUAAAUACGCGAACGAUUAUCGACAAAGACGGACAUCGUCAUCGUGUAGUUGCAAUGAAUUGUAAAGCUGGUACAGCCAAGUGUUUCGACAUUAAAUGCUACAUAAAUAACUUACAGAGGAAACAGGAAGCCAUCAUAACUGUUAAAGCAAGACUUUGGAAUUCUACUUUGGUCGAGGAUUAUCCAAAAGUGGAUAUGGUUAAAAUAGGCUCCAAUGCUAAGAUAGUAAUACCUUCAAAUGUUGUGAUACAGCAAGAAAACUUGAAGGAUGACCAUGCAAUUGCUGAGACGAUCGCUUAUCCAGAUUUGCUGGAUCAGCAAGAAGCCGAACCCGUACCGGUAUGGAUAUAUAUAGUGGCUGCAGUAGCGGGAAUGUUAUUAUUCAUUCUACUUACAUUAGUAUUGAGAAAACUCGGUUUCUUCAAGAGACGACGACCGGAUCCGACUCUAUCCGGAAAUCUCGAAAAGCACAGGGAUGACAAUCCCGAGAACGAGGCGUUAUUCAAACAUUAAGACUUAAAUUAUCGAGAUAAGUAAAGUAUUCGUGCAACGAAUUGUCAUAAUUACUUAAAACAAGUACUUAUGUUGAAAGAGAGGAACAAGAUACAUGCGUUUUGAGCGUGCAAUUUAUUUCCAAUUUUAUACUGCCUGAGUUUUUUUUUACGGGACGUACACAUUUCGUAUAUAUGUAUGUGCAGCUAGAAAAUUGAUAAAAAAUUAAUUGUGAUAUUGUUAUAUUAAAUAUAUUUUACGCGCAUAUGCGUGACAAAUUUUUCUCAAAGACAUUUGGAUAAUUAUUGUACGUAUAUGUACACAAGUGCAUUAUAAAUGCUUUAACAUUUAAUUAGAUAUCUUCUUUAUAACAAAAAAAAACGCAUCAUGUUUAGACAGUCGUAAUCAUCAUCAUCUAUGAUAAAGGAACAGUUCAAAUCAAAAUUAGCAUUUGAUUGUGUAAUAUCUAAAAUAUAAGAUUAAAUGACAAAUAAAAGUGUUUUGCUUUGAAUAAAUUUUGGAAACGACAACUUUUAAAUGUUAUGUCUUGUAUUAGUUUUAAAAGUUACAGAAAAAGAUAAAAUUAUUUUAAAUAAAUAAAUAAACAUGAUGCAUUGAAUCAAAAAGUACCUGUCCAGUGAUUGUUAAGGCACUUAUAAUAUCUGUGUACGAUAAAAUAGCCGGUUUAUCGAAUGGAAAUUUUUAUCAAAUAUUUUUUAGCAGUUAUUAUUCUCUUAUAUGUAUUUUCGUGCCAUUACAUAUGAAAUAGCAGAUCGACAUAAUAGAGAUAAAUCAUAUUCAUAUAAUAGAGAAAGGAACGAGAAAGAGAGUGAGAAAAGAAUCUUCUACUCUUAUA